AUGUGGUGUCGGAGUGUAGGUCGUAGACCGAUUUGCCUGAUGCUCCUAUGGGAGGGUUUGGUACUCACCCUCCGCUGUUGCUGGUCUCUGCCCGGGGCCGCCGGCUCUGUUAGUGCCUCGGAGCCUCUAACCUGGUUGCUAUCUGACAAAGGCCCGUUCCAUCGCUCUCAGGAGUUCACAGAGUUCUCGGAGCGGUACCAGCACGGGUUUACAACCAGGUACAAAAUUUACAGGGAAUUUGGCCGAUGGAAGGUCAACAGCUUGGUGGUGGAGCGACAUGAGGGCAGCGAUGCGACCGUCCCCUUUGACCCUGAGUUCGUCCACAACAUCCGGACUCUGGGGCGAAGGCCCAGCCUACAGAAGAUAACGGAGAGCAUCAUAAAGAAGUAUGGCACACACUUCGUCGUCUCCGCCACCCUGGGAGGUGAGGAGUCCUUGACCAUUUUUGUGGACAAGAGGAAGCUGAGCAGGGGCCAGGAGAAUGGAGGUGACUCCAAUAGUAGUUCUCCUCUCACCCUGGAGACGCUUCACCAGUUGGCUGCGUCCUACUUUAUCGACAGAGACAGCACGCUUCGUACGCUCCACCACCUCCAGAUUGCCUCUACUGCCAUUAAGGUCACUGAGACCAGGACGGGACCCCUCGGAUGCAGUAACUAUGACAAUCUGGAUUCCGUCAGCUCCGUUCUAGUUCACAGUCCUGAGAACAAGAUUCAGUUACAAGGACUGCAGGUGAUUUUGCCGGGUUACCUGAGAAAGAGUUUUGUUCAGGCUGCCCUUGGCUACAUCGGCUGUAAUGCUGAGGGAGAGUUUUUGUGCCGUGACAACGACUGCUGGUGUCAGUGCAGCCAGGACUUCCCUCACUGUAACUGCCCUGUGGGGGACAUCCUUGCCCUGGAGAGCAAGCUUGAGCUCAUCAGAAAGGACUGGAGGCAUGCCAACCAGGAGUUCGAAGACACAGAGGAGUUCCAGACCUUUGUUGGGAGGCUGCCAACGCAUUACGCCUUGAACUCGUCCACUGUUCAGCACUUCUGGAGGACUGACGCAGGACUAAUGCAGCACUACAGACAGCUGGAGACCAGUACCAGCUUGCUUCUCACAAAGGCGCAACGUGUCGCUAACAAGCUCUUCAGGCUAAGCAAGAGAUGCCGCUCUCAGCCCAAAAUAAUUGUGCAAAGGGCAAGGUCCUUUGCUUAUUGGGUGAACUAUGUGCUGUCCCUUCUGUACUGCAGCGAGAAUAACCAAAUGGGUAUUUACUCAGAGGAGACACACAGUUGUUUCUGUCCCCAAAGUCACCCGCCAUGUCAGGGGAUUGUCCCGUGCACGGUGGGUGAGGGUAUACACUGCACAUCCUGUUCACCCGACAACCGCACACGCUGCAGCGGCUGCAACCCAGGCUACAUGCUUGCCCACGGUAUAUGCCGGCCAGCUGUACCGGACUCCACCGAACACUACCUGGGCUUUGAGACAGACUUGCGGGACACGGAACUGCGGUACCUGCUGCGACAGCAUGAUGGACGCAUGACUGUGCACGCUGUCUUCGUCAGUAAUGACGUACGCCUCAACGCCUGGUUCGAUCCCUCCUGGAGGAAGAGGAUGCUGCUCACGCUGAAGAGCAACAAAUACAACAAAGCCAGCCGCCUUCACAUGUUGCUAGGCAUCUCCCUGCAGAUCUGCCUGACCAAGAACAGCAGUCUGGAGCCUGUCCUGUCUGUUUAUGUUAAUCCAUUUGGUGGCAGCCAUUCAGAGAGUUGGACCAUGCCCAUCAGCCAAAACCAGUACCCAGACUGGGAGAAGACCAAACUGAACAUCCCACUGGACUGUUACAACUGGACUUUGACUUUAGGGAACCGCUGGAAGAGCUUCUUCGAGACAGUUCACUUCUACCUGAGGAGCCGGAUCAGAACCAACACCAGCAAGGGGAACGAGACCGCCUACUUUGACCCGCCAGAAGUCCUGGACACCUCUCAGAACUUUGGCUACAUGAAAAUCAACACCAUUCAGUUAUUUGGCUACAGCAUGCACUUUGAUCCAGAAGCGAUUCAGGACCUGAUCCUGCAGCUAGACUACCCAUACACACGGGGAUCCCAGGAUUCAGCCCUGCUGCAGCUGAUGGAGAUCCGACACCGUGUCAACAGGCUGUCACCGCCUGGUCCAGUCCAACUGGACCUGUUUUCUUGUUUACUGAGGCACAGGCUUAAAUUGUCCAGUACUGAGGUGGUGAGGAUACUGGCAGCCUUGGAAACCUUUAGUGGCCAACAGCCAUAUUAUACAGAGUAUGAAGCUGCAAAACUUUGCAGUUAA